AUGGUUGGUCGCUAUGAUGGUUAUCAGGAUGAAGAAACUAAAUUAAAAGAUGCGAUAAAAUUAUUGGAAGCCAAACAAACUCUUUUAGAUAAUUACACCCAACAAAAUAAUCUGAAUUCCCAAAAAGCCUUAAUGUUAUUAAUUGCUCCCAGUAUUGAAGAAGCCGAAAAUAUUAGAACCAUCCAAACUUGGUUAGACCAAAAUUAUCCUGAAGGAGAAUGUAUAAAUCCUUACAAACCUUAUGGUAAAAAAAUAAAAAGAAGUGAAGUAGAAGAAAUAUACAUCAACCAACAAUUAGAGGGUGAAUUGGAUUUAAAGGAUUUUACUUAUAAACAUG